AUAAUACUAUUUUUUCUAUUGCAGCCGUACAACUCAUUGGUCUUUGCUCAAAUCAUUCCAACUUUUGCGACAAUGGAUAACACGACAAUGGAUAACACGACAAUGGAUAACGCAUACACGGGGGAGAAUAACACUGCGGGAGUUAAUAACAUGACGAUAGUGAAUAACAUUACGGGGAUAAGUAAUACAGCGGCGGUGGCAGAUGAUGCUGUGGAUUUUGAAUGGAUAUCAAGGGCAACAGAUAUCGGUAUCUGGAUCGAGCUCUACCCUACGCCGUUCAUCGCCUUGUUCGGAAUCGUCGGAAAUACACUCGCUUUGAUCGUGAUGACCAAGGGUCGAAACCGGACAUUGGCGACGUGCAAUUACAUCUCGGCUCUAGCCAUCGUUGAUAACUUUCAAAUGAUUAACAUGGUGUAUUACUGGCUAUAUAGCUACGUUACCAGAUCAACUGUAACAAUUGCUGUUUGUCAAGCUGUGAUUUUCUUGGCAAACUUGUGGCAGGAAUGUUCCAUUUAUUUGAUUAUUGCCAUGAGUGUCGACAGAACCCUUGCCGUAAAGUUUCCUCUCAAAAAAUCCAUCUGGUGUACCGUUGAAAGAGCACGCAAGGUGAUCGCAUUAGUCAUUGUCUUAGCUAUUCUGCGAAACAUCCAUUUCAUCUGGUAUGCCUACCCCGCAACGAUCGAUGCUGAGAGGAAUUUCGCAUUGUGCAGCGGAUAUGAAAGUCCCGUCGAUGCCCCUGGUCGUGUCCUCUCCUGGAUUGACACGCUCGUUCAAUCAAUCAUUCCCACCGUUACACUUCUCAUCCUCAAUACCUUGCUUAUUGGCUCCAUCCGUGCCCGGAGCAAAGUCAGCACCCAGAUGACGACCGAUCAGAAAAAAAGAAAACACUCCCGUGAUCUUACCGUUAUGCUCAUUAUCGUCUCAUUCUCUGUUCUUAUUUUCACGCUGCCCAUCAACGUCGCCGUUGUGAUAUAUGGCAUCAUCGGAAUCGAUUUGACGAACAUCGGCACUUUCUUAAUCGUCCACGCUAUUACCGAUCGUUUGUACUUCAUGAACAAUGCCGUUAAUUUUUACUUGUAUUGUAUGGGAAUGGCGAGGUUCAGAGAACAGGUCCUUUCGUUGAUUAGGAAACUGACCAGGAACUCUGUAACACCCGCGGCUGAAGGCUCAGGUCUUGAAGGCCCUGCAACACGACAAACAGGACUCAUUGACCCAUCCUCCAAUGCCCAAUUGGCCACUGGUGAAAUGGCUGAGUGAGCAAGGAACAAUAUAA